AUGAUAUUUAUUGAACUGACUGUCAAUCGCAAUAGUAAUUUACUGAAGACUGCACUACUUCUCUUUCAGGAAUCACUCCAGGCUCAGCAACCUAGUAAUCACAGUGACUUCAGCUGCCCCAUCUGUCUCCAGACAGCGACUCUCCCAGUAGAAACCAACUGUGGACAUCUGUUCUGUGGUUCUUGUCUAAUUACAUACUGGAAACAUAGUCCUUGGUUAGGAGCAAUAAUCUGCCCUCUCUGCAGACAGAAGGUGGUGGUUCUGGUUAACAUCUCCUGUGAAAAGCUACACGAUAAGCCAAGUAAACAGAUUGUUCACGACAUUAGAGCGUACAACAAGCGUUUCUCAGGGCAACCUCGACCUUUUGCAGAUUACCUCUAUGACAUGCCAUUGUUCCUAACUCUUGCCUUGCGAGGAAUCUUCACCUGGGGUGGUCUCAUGUGCAUUUUUUUCCUAAGACUUGUUGUUUGCUCCUUCGGAACAAUCAUAUGCUUAUCGUCUCCUUUUGACACGAUGCCUGGGCCUCUCUGCAGAACACUUGGAACAGCUGAUGACAUGGUGGUUGUUUCCCUUCUUUUCAUUUGUGUGAUAAACAUUUGUCAGCAAAUUGCAACAAACGGGGUAAAUAUGGCAAGGUCUGCAGCUCAGAGCAUGCUGUCAGAAUCCUGAGUGACUCAAACUUUGAUUUCUCAGUCAAAAUCAAACAGUGACAGGCUUCUCCUCCAUUUGGGGCAGCAUGUGAUGGAUUUGUCAUUCUGCUGUAAAGACUGAAGCAGGACUCAAGUGAUAUUUGGCAUGGCGAAGUGAAUCGAUGUGCAAUUGCUUAGAAGGCUGUGCCAUUGUGUAUUUACUAUACUCUUUUAUGCUUUAUGUAUCUCCAACUUAUCCUCAUACAAAGUGCCUGAAUUGAAAAUGCCUAAGCCUAUCAACAGGACCUAAAAUUACAAUGCCAGUCAACUUACAGUUGAGAUUUUUAGAACUUUUAAGUUUUGACAUUCCAUGUCUUGGUUCAGUUUGAAUACAAUUUAAUUUGAGAAUUUAGCAAACUGCUGUUUGCCAGGUCUCAAGUAACACAAGUAAUGUUAGAUAAUACCUCUGCAAAAUCUUGUGUUGGUUCUUUUUGCU